CGCACGCCCACGGCGCCAUGCCGCUCCUCGCCCCACGCCCUCUCCACGCCGCCAAUGCCGGGCUCCUUCCACGCUCGGCUUCGGCGGGCGGGCCCGGGCCCCGCCGCCGCGUUCCCCCGCCCUCCCGCGCCCGCGUCCGCGUCUCCAAUUCGGACCCUCCGCAGCAGCAGGUCAACCUCUCCGUCCUCCGCUUCACCCUCGGGAUCCCGGGCCUGGACGAGUCGUACCUCCCGCGGUGGAUAGGCCUCGGCUUCGGCGCGUUCGUCGUCCUCAACCACCUGCUCUCCCCGUCCCCCACGCCCGCGCAGCUCAGGUCCGAGGCUCUGGGGCUGUGCCUGGCCGCGUUCUCGGCGACGCUGCCGUUCCUCGGGAGGUUCCUAGAGGGCGCUGAUGCUGCCAGCCGUGUGCCGUUGCCCGAGGGGAGCAGGCAGGUGUUCGUAAUGUCUGAGAAUCUGUCAGCGGCGCAGAAGGAGGAUGUGGCCUGGGCGUCUUACGUCCUGCUGCGGAACACAAACACCACAUCUGUGCUCAUAGCAAUUGGGGAUGUGUUCUGUGUACGAGGAUACUGGGAUCCACCUGCAAAUACUUCAAAAUAUGCCAUGAUUGAGUGGUUCAAAAGUCAAAUGCAGCAAGUCGGACUUGUUGAUUUGAGGGAUACCUUGUACUUUCCUAAUUCCUCGGAUUCUCAGCUUGCGAAGAUUCUACCAGAUGGGGUUCUUUCUGUGUAUGUUCAACCAGUCCUUAGGAGUCCUGAUCUAGCUAAUGGUGAAGCAAAAACUGAAGGUGUCAUCCUGUUAGCCUCCAAUGCAAAUUAUGCAUAUACUGAUAAAGAUAGGUUCUGGAUAAGAACAGUUGCAAACAAAUUUCGAAGUUCCUAGGUCAGAGAUACCUAAGAAACGUUGACAGUCAGGCAAUACGCGAAAAUGAAUUGGGAAAGACUGGGUUGUGAAGUAGACUGAUUGGCACAAGCAGGUUUUUGUAGUGAGUUUCCUGCUAAAAUGGACAAAGCAGAUGCAAGCUUAGAGAUUUUUUAGUUGAAAGGAGAUUGGCAGUUUCAUUGGGUUUGGUACUGGUUGAAGAGAAACAGUCCAGCAAUUUUGUUCAUGGGACAAGUGCCAAAAUGCAGAUGCGCUUGGUUUGUCUCUCUGCUUUUGCUUUGGUAUGUCUUAUUGGAUUUGCCAUUGAUGCAGAAAGGCUGUGCCAGGAAUUUAGUGUCCUGUCCAAAUUAGUGAUGCUAUCAUAAUCUAAAUGCACUCCAGCCCAAUUAAGGUUGCGCACCUGGCUUGCAUUUAUAAGAACUAAAAGCUUUUGGGUCCGAAGUGUUGUCACAGAUCAGAGUUGCAAACACUGAAGAUCCAUGUACAUUCACCCGGGUUUAACUUGAAAUGACACUCUGUCGCUUUUCCUAAAAAACAAACACUGAACACUGCAGAUCAUUCACAAUCUCUCAUCUAUGGACCUAGAGUUUUUAGAGUAGACACUUUGUGUCCUCUUUUGUAAUAUUGCUGGUUGGAAUCAGUGCUCACUUUGCAAGUAUACACAAACUCAACAGAAGAUAGAAAUAUCUGUCACUUCUGUUGAGCCAGUGUUGGAAGUCAUCGCUUCAAGUUGAUACC